UCGGGAAAUGGAACGGAUCAGAAUGCGUGGCUUCUUCUUUGUUUGUCUUCUGCUGUGCUUUGUCCUCCAGCAAGUGGAGAGCGCUACUUUGGUGUAUCAUCAGCCCACAGCCGUUGUCUAUCAUCAUCCAGCUACUCUCGAGGAGCAGCAACAUCCUGGUUAUACAAUUGUGGCUCCGCUUACGAAGAUUGCUCACGUCACCUACGACUCGGUGCCCAUCUCUCAUACACCCUUUGAGCAUGUGCCGCUCUUUCAGCGCAUUGGACAUGUGAAGGGAAUUCGAUUGUAGAGAGGAAGUUUUUAAGAAGACGAAUAAAUGUGUAUUUUAAAAUUUAUUUGCC